UUGACAGACCACUGGCUGUUGACUGCUGCUCACUGCUUUGCAAAUCUUCCCUCGGAUUUCCUGCACAUUGUUGAGGCUGUAGCAGGUGAAUUCAAUCAGAGAAAGGUUGACAGAGGGGAGCAGAGCUUCAGCGUAAAAACAAUGAAGUUCCACGAAAAAUAUCAACGUUUCUCACCCAUGAGCUAUGACAUCGCUUUGCUGGAGAUCAAUGGACACAUCCAAUUUGGUGAUUUUAUUAAGCCUAUUUGUCUGCCUUAUCCUGGUGAGAGGUUUCCACCCAAAACCACAUGUGUUGUUGGUGGUUGGGGUCGAAUUAAAGAGAGAGGUCUACUUCCAGCAGUUCUUCAGGAGGUACAUCUGGACCUGGUAGAGCAAAGCAGGUGCAAACAUGUCAUGCAAAAUCUCAGACCUGGACAAAAGACCUUCACAGUCUUGUGUGCUGGCCCAGAGAAAGGAGGGAGAGAUGCCUGCCAAGGCGAUUCUGGGGGUCCUCUCCUUUGCCCCAGAGCAGAUGGGCGAUGGGUGGCAGUGGGGGUCACGUCUUGGGGUAAGGGCUGUGGUCGGAGCUGGAAUAACAACAGAAUCAAACCUUCAUCUAGAAGAGGCUCACCUGGAGUCUUCACUGAUGUCUCAAUGUUCUUGUCAUGGAUCAAGUUCAGUCUUAGAAAAGGUGUGGACAGGUCUCUGUGCAGUGUAGCUGAUGGAGUUGUACCUGGAAGUGAAGGCAUGAUCAGAAAUCCUGCUCAUCCAGACCAGAGCUACAAUAACAAUGAAAUUUGCUGGUGGUCUAUUCAAGUUGAUGCUGGUCAAAGUACUUUAUUGGAGUUUCUGAAGUUUGAUCUGGAAAAUGACGCACUGUGUCAAAGUGACCAGCUGACUGUGUAUGUGGGUGAAGACAGACGGAUAGGGAGAUUCUGUAGCAGCCAGCAUCCAUCUUCGAUACUUAUUUAUGGUUCCCACAGUGUAACAGUGCAGUUUGUGUCCGAUGUAAGCAGUACAGGAGCUGGAUUCACUAUGCAGUUCAGUGGUGUUGGGGAGAACUAUAGUUUUGGAGCGGAAUGUGGAACAAUGGUGCUGUUACAACCCGACAGGGUCGUGCAAAGCCCCGCCUACCCACAACCCUACAGCAACAACACCCUAUGCCGCUGGGUCAUCUAUGCUCCAGAGGGCCACAUAGUCAAGCUUGACUUUGAUGACUUUGACCUUGAGGAAUCAGAGAACUGCAGAUAUGAUUCAAUUACAGUGUUCGGAGAUAUUGAUGGCGAGGAUGAAAUAGUGGUUGUAUGUGGCAGGAGCCUCCCUCCAGCUGUUCUCAGCUACGGUCAUGUAAUGAUUCUACAGUUCAGCACAGACAGCAGUGUUUCUGCCCGCGGUUUUAAUGCCUCAGUGUCUUUUAUCAGCAAAAAAGAUCUCAGAGAGACGGCAUAUGAAGAUCAGGGGGAAGAAUUAGAAGCUGACAGCAGAGUAAUCUUACCACAUUUACAGGCUGCUCCAUGUGGAAUGCCUGAUGUCUUUGCUCUCUCUGAACUGGACGUCCUAGGGAGAGGAGAGGAUGAUGGGAAUGUGCCCUGGCUGUGUCACAUGAGCAUCAGUCUGGGUGCCAGUCAUCAUUGCAGUGGGAUGAUCAUCCAAUCAACAUGGAUUCUUACUGCCGCACUCUGUGUCUAUGACCUGGAAGAGAGAUUUGUAAGCGUAAGGACAGGAGGCUCAAAGGAACAGGCCCAUGAUGUUAGGAAAGUGAUUAUACACCCUCAGUUUAAUUCCUCCUCUCUUGACUAUAAUGUGGCUUUGCUUCAGCUGAGCUUUCCACUGACUCUCAGUCAUAGCAUGCAGCCUGUGUGUCUCCCAUCAACUGGACAGGAAAUCCCACCCUCCCUCCACUGCUGGGCAUGGAGAAGCCAAAUGUCAGGGCAAAAACAUGUACAGCUAAAAAUAUCUGUGCUGGAAGGAACGAUGUGUGAACAAUGCAUCAGACGUAGACUGACAUGUACUAUGUUAUAUGCUGGACUGACUGAGCUGGAAAGCACAGAAACAUGCAUGACUCAGUGGAACAACUCAGGUGGACCUCUUGUUUGUUUGACAAACACAUCUGGUAUUGUUUUGAUGGGCGUACAGAGUUGGGGAGAGCCUUGUGGAGGGAUCCAGAAGCCUGCACUUUAUUCUUCAUUACCAGCUCUUAUGCAAUGGGUCUCACAACAUUUGGACACUGAGUGAAGACUCACACACAGAAACUGCAGAUCAACAACCAAAUAAAAUAAUUAUCAGUUUAAAUGCAUUGUUUUCUUGUUUUAGAUAAUUUUACCUAUAAUUAACCUAAAAAUGUUUUCCCCC